UAGUUGAUGAAGAUGAAGAAUAUAAGAAUGUUAAAUUUGACAGGAUUCCUGAGUUAAAGCCUGUUUUUCAACCUAAUGGUGGAACUGUAACGGCGGCUAAUUCAUCAACUAUUAAUGAUGGUGCUAGUGCCUUGGUACUUAUGACACGUUCAAAAGCUGAAGAACUUGGUAUUAAGCCGUUAGCUCGAAUUAUUUCAUAUGGAGAUGCAGCAGUUGAACCAAUCGACUUUCCAAUUGCACCAUCACAUUCACUUCCAGUAGCAUUAAAAAAAGCAAGACUUGAAAUUUCUGAUAUUAGUUUAUUUGAAUUUAAUGAAGCUUUUAGUGUAGUUGCACGUGCAAAUGAAAAGAUUUUAGGUUUAGAUCCUUCAAAAGUAAAUAUUGCUGGUGGUGCUGUGGCUUUAGGACAUCCUAUUGAUUCUUCAGGUUCUAGAAUUAUUGUUACUUUAACUCAUUUAUUAAAAUCGGGUCAAAUUGGCGCUGCUUCGAUUUGUAAUGGUGGUGGUGGUGCUAGUUCUAUCAUUAUUGAAAAACUUUAA